AUGAAGAACCUGAUGUCAUCACUGAGGGCAAUAUUGGAGUUGCAAAACCCUGCAAUCAGAAAGGGACACUGGUACAAGGUUAUGAAUGUGACAGGAGUCAGGUUUUUAGUAGCAGAAGAUACUACCUUGAGAAACCUUCUGGGACUCCAGCUUCAUAAAGCAGAAGACAUAAUCGAAAGCAUAGUGGACAAUUCUGCGAAAGAGUUUGGUACUAAAAAGGUUUUGGCAGAAAUCAACCAGACAUAGGCUGCCAUGGAAUUUUCUUACAAAGAGCUUCACAGGUAUGGAGAACCUUUAUUGAAAUCAGAAGAACAGCUGCUUGACACUUUAGAAAGCAAUCAAAUUCAGUUGCAAACAAUUAUGAAAAGUAAAUAUGUGGCAUGUUUCGUUGACCAGGUGAAAUGUUGGCAAUUAAGCGUUUCAGAUUCUGUCAAUUUCUUUGAGGUGGAUGUUCAACACACAUGGUCUCAUCUUGAAAGUAUUUUCACUGGCUCUGAAGAUAUCAAAAGCCAGAUGCCUGAAGGUGCAAACAGAUUUGAAAUCAACAGCGACUUCAAAGAGUUGGUGACUGAAAUAGCAAAUACAAAAAAUGUGAUGGAAGCUAAAACCAAGCCAAAGGUGUAUAAAGUAAGGGGUUUCCUUAAACACUGGUAUUUUUGGAUGCAGGUGGCUCACCAUCUUACCGAACUUUUAGACGAUAUUGCCAAUCUUAAAUUUCAAGAGAACAUAGAGGAAUCUGUAAAUACUGCCAUUGGGAUGCACAGCAGAGAAAAGGAGUAUGUUCCAGUCCAUGAAGAGUGUUGAUGCAGUGGUCAGGUAGAGUCUUGGUUGCAACACCUUGAGGAAAUCAUACAUGAAACAGUGUACAUCUGCAUCAUGGAGACGAUAUUGACCUAUGAAAAGAAGCAGAGAGAGCAAUGGGUUUUUGACUACCCAGCCCAAGCUGCCCUUACUGGUUCACAAAUCUGGUAGAUGUCAGAUGUAGAAAGGGUAUUUGGUAGGCUGGAAGAGGGCUUGGCAUCAGCCCGGAAGAAUUGCCACAAGAAGCAGCUCACUCAACUAAAUGCUCUUAUUACUGUGCUGCCUAGGGAAAUUUCCUCGGGCGAUCAACAGAAAAUCAUGACCAUUUGUACCAUAGGUGUUCAUGCUAGAGGUGUUGUAACAAGACUUGUAGCUCAGAAGUUUGCCAUGGAAUUCCUGACACCAUACCCCUUCAUGAUUUCACUGCAGAAAGGCAUGAAGUCUGCUGAAGUUAGAAAGCUGUUUGUUCGGGCCCGUCUCAUCCUCUUGCCAACUAAACGUCCUGCUUUAGAUGGCAGGACUGGACCCUGUGCGAUGGUUGUCCCUGACAUUGAACUGAUCUGUGAAAUGAUGUUGGUUGCUGCAGGGUUUAUUGAUGCAUGCCUGUUAGCCAGGAAGUUUAUUACCUUGUAUAGUCUCUGCAGGGAGCUGCUUUUUAAGGAUGACCACUAUGACUGGGGACUUCAUGCUAUCAAGUCUUUUUUGGCAGUUGCUGGCUCACAAAAAUGAGGAGAUAAGAACAGACCUGAGGACCAAGUGCUUGUGCAAGCCUUAAGAGACUUCAGUUUGCCUAAAAUAGUGACAGAUGAUAUCCCAGUUUUCAUGGGCCUGAUCAGUGACCUGUUUCCAGCUCUGGAUAUUCCAAAGAAGAGGAACCUGCAACUUGAACAGAUGGUUAAACAGUCUACCCUGGAGCUUCACUUGCAGCCUAAAGAGAGCUUUAUUCUCAAAGUUGUUCAGCUGGAGGAGUUACUGGCAGUGCAUCACUCUGUGUUUGUUGUUGGAAAAGCAGAGAAUGGGAAGAAUAAGGUACUGAAAGUUCUGCAUCACAUGCACGUGAAUACGAAACAAAAGCAUAUUUAAAAUGCCCCCAAAGUUCUGACUGGUGAUGAGCUUGGUUUUAUACACCAUGCAACCCGAGAAUGGAAAGAUGGCAAGUAGCGCACGUCACUAAAAUGAUGGGAUUCUAUUGAAAUAUGAUUUGCAAGUCUCCUUUCAUCUCUUGUGAGAGAGCAAGCUAAUACUAACAGGAGGGGCCAAAAAUGGCGUUUAGAUGGAGAUAUAGAUACUAUGUGGCUUGCGUGACUCAACAUAGUUAUGAAUGAUAACAAGGAUCUGACCCUCACAAGCAAUGAACCUGUGCCUAUGACUCCAUCAAUGUGGGUGUUAUUCGAGAUACACCAUUUAAGAGCUGCUACUCCAGCUACAGUACCCAGAGAGAGUAUUCUUGACCUGAACAGGCAGGAUGGACCUGGAUGGAAUCUGUACGUUGCCAGCUGGAUAGAAACAACAAGAUACCAAUCCAAAAAGGCUAGCUUAACAGUUCUCUUUGAUAAACAUGUGCUUCCCUGCUUAGAACAACUCAGAACAAGAUUUAAAACUGUUACUCCUGUUCCUGAGAACAUUAUGGUUCAGACACUCUUGUCUCUGCUGGAUUGUUUGCUGACCCGUGAAAAUGUGCCAAUGAAUUGCCCUGGAGAGCUCUAUGAGAUGUGUUUUGGCUUUACCUGUAUUUGAGUGUUUGGGGGGGCAUGUUCUCAAGAUAAGACAAUGUGUUGUGGGCUGGCGCACACUGACAUUUUCCGACUGAGGGUAAGAAAACAUCCACUGAUACUUAUUGAAGGUGAUGGAGUUGAACUUUGUCUCACUAUGACAGAAACUUGGUUAAAAAGAUUGUUCAAGUCUAUGUUAUAUUACUGUUUUUUGGUCAUCAGGUGCCCGAUCAGUCAUAUCCUAGAAGCCCCUACGGGUUAUGCACUUCUGAUUAGUGUAGGUGGUAGUGGUAAACAAAGCUUGUCAAGCCUGGCAGCAUACAUCUGCUCCCUGCAGGUAUUCCAAAUCACACUGAAAAAAGACUAUGGGAUCCAGGACUUACGGGUAGAUCUUGCCAGUUUGUACACCAAGACUGAUGCCAAGAACAUACCCAUAGUGUUCUUGCUGACAGAUGCCCAGGUUCCAGAUGAAUGGUUUCUUCUGCUGAUUAAUGACUUGUUGGCAUCAGGAGAGGUUCCAGAUCUGUUCGGUGACUAUGUGGAAGGUAUAGUUACAGGAGUUAGAAAAGAAGUUUGAGCCCUGUGCCUGAUAGACACCAGAGAAAGAUUCUUCUUGAACAGAGGGCAGCAGCAAAUCAAGAUAAUUCUGUGUUUCUCUGCCACCAGUGCCAUGCUGCAAACGCAAGCUCAGAAGUUCCCAGCCAUAGUUAACUGCACCACUAUUGAGUAGUUUCAUGAGUGGCCACAGGAGGCCCUGGUCUCCAUCAGCAGGAGACUUAUUGAGAAAGCCAAGGGGGUGGAGCCUCUUAUCCAGGACUCCAUUUGUGACUUCAUGGCUUAUGCCCACACCAAUGUGAAUGUGCUGAGUGUCAAAUAUAAUUGUAAUGAGAGGCAAUACAAUUACACUGCUCCAAAGAGUUUUCUGUAGCAAAUAAUACUUCAUAAGAUCCUCCCAGAGAGAAAAAAACAAGGAGAUGUUGAACACAUGGUGCACUUGGUGAAUGGCAUGCAGAAGCUGAAUGCAGCAACUUUGCAGGUGCUGCAGCAGGGUCUUGUUGUGCCACUGAGACACCUGGUUACAAACACAGAAAACCUCCAGGUUGCCUCAGCAGCUGGACAGACAUCUGAGCAACUCAUGGGAGCUCUGAGGUCCCUGGACGAAGAUGUAAAAUCUGAACUUUCUUCUCAAGCUGCAGAACUACAACUGAGAAAUCCACAUGAGCACACCUCUUCCAGCUUUUCUAACAACUUAGCCAUAAUUGAAGAGCUCUAUACCGUAGAAGUUAUUGAUGUGAAGGGGACUAAACUUCUGAAAACAGGAGCAGCAGAAGUGCUAUACAGAACUAUCAGUCAUCCUUUGAAGAGCCAAAUUUCUUUCAAGCUUGCACAAGACCAGCAUGUAGACCCCACAAGAAGAAGGUACUCCACCAGUGCAAAUUCAUGUGAAUCUGCACGAAAUCAAGCAGCACAGAAGACCAAGGUUCUGGGUAGCAGUCUGCGUAAGCUCACAGCUUCUAUUGAGAAAGGAGUUGCAGAGAAAGUCUGGUGUCAAGAUGAUGUAAACCGAACAAACAAAACUAUUCACCUGGCCAAAAGUUUGGUUAAGGGACUUAAGGUUCCUGUUCCUGUGAUGGAGGGCCUGGACCCGAUUGCCACAUUGACGGAUGAUGCUACGAUUGCAGCAUGGAGUAACGAGGGAUUGCCCGGUGAUAGGAUGUCAACAGAAAAUACCACUAUUCUAACAAACUGCGAGCGCUGGCCUCUGAUCAUAGAUCCUCAGCAACAGGGAAUUAAAUGGAUAAAGAAUAAAUAUGGAGCUGACCUUAAAGUCGUACGCCUAGGACAGAAAGGUUUUCUGAAGACCAUUGAAAGAGCUUUGGCUUGUGGAAAGACUGCAUUCAUCAAGAACAUGGGUGAAUCUGUUGAUCUCAUACUUGAUCUCCUGCUUGGAAGACAUACAGUCAGAAAGGAAAAAUAUACCAAAAUUCAAGACAAGGAAUGUCUUCACACCAAACUGACUAACCCUCACUACAAGCCAGAACUGCAGGCUCAGACCACCCUUAUCAAAUUCAAUGUCACCAGGGUUGGGCUGGAAGACGAGUUGUUCCCUGAGGUUGUUAGUGCUGAAAGGCUGAACUUAGAAAAACAUAAGUCAGUCCUGACCAAGCAGCAGAACCAUUUCAAGACUGAGCUCAGGCAGCUGGAGGAUGACAUGCUGCUCAGCCUGUCAGCUGCCCACAGCAGUUUCUUAGAUGACAGUGAACUUGUAGAGAAAUUCAAAUCAACAAAGUCAUCUGCAGCAGAAAUAGAGCACAAGGCAGUAACAGUCGGGCUCCAAAGAAGAUGAAGCUCAGAAGCAAGAGAGCAUUACAGACCAACAGCUGUAAGAGUAUUCAUUCUUUACUUCGUUAGCAACAGUCUGGGCAGCAUCAACCACUACUGGUUUUCACUGAAGGCCUUUAAUGCAAUCUACCAUAAAGCAAUUAAGCAGGCUGAAAAAUCAGGGGAUGUUCAGUGUUGCAUCUCUAAACUGACAGAAGCUGUCACACAUUCAACUAUUUUUUUAAUGACUGAAAUCGAUGAGAUUUUUCUAAGAAGAGAACUCCUUGAACUGGUUUUCAUUCUUCGAUUCAGGGUGGAAUGCACUUAUGAGAGUCCUGUUGACUUCUUAACUACUCAGUCAUGGAGUGCCAUUAGGGCUAUGGCAGUGAUGGAUGCAUUCAGUGGGUUAGAUAAAGAUAUUCAAGGAUCCACCAAGAGGCGGGAGAAGUGACUGAGCUCAGAAUGUCCAGAAAAGACAAAGCUACCCCAGGAAUGGACAAAAAAAAAAAGCCCCCUUCAGACACUAAUCAUACUGACGGUGUUCCAUCCAGGCAGAAUCACAUGUUCUAUUAGGAAUUUUGUGGAAGAAAAGCUUGGCUCAAGCACAAAGAUCGGCUUAGCAGAAACCUAUGAAGAAAGCAGUCCAGCCGCUCCUGUGUUGUUCAUUCUGUCUUCAGGAGGAGACCCACUUGAAGGUAUUGAGACACUUAGCCCGUUCACUAUAGACUCUGGAAGAUUUCAUAACAUCUCUUCAGGACAAGGGCAGGAGGUGGUUGCAGAGGAGGCACUCAAGAAGGCUGCCAGACUUGGCCAUUGGGCUCUUCUCCGAAAUAUUCAUCUAAUAACCAAAUGGCUAAGAACCUUGGAAGAACUCCUUCAGUGAUACAGUGAAGAAAGCCAUCUUGAUUUCUCUGUGUUUAUUAGUGCUGAACCAGCUCCAACUCCAGAAGAGCACAUCAUUCCCCAAGGAAUACUAGAAAACUCAAUUAAAAUUACCAGUGAACCUCCUACAGAUUUACAUGCUGCUCUCUACAGUUUUGACCAGGGUACCCUUGAACUGUGUACCAGAGAAGGGGAAUUUAAAAGCAUCCUUUUUUCUCGGUGCUAUUUUCACACUUGUGUUGCUGGGAGACUAAAGUUUGGCCCUCAGGGCUGGAAUGGAAGGUAUCCGUUCAGUACGAGAGAUUUCAUCGUCUGUGUCCUCUGCAACUAUUUAGAGACCCAUAUGAAGGUAAGAAUUCGUGGGCAGGUAACGAUACACCAAGGUUAUUUUAAUUCAAUCAACUGUUUAUACUGAAUAAGGGGGAU